AUAAAGACAAAAUAUGGAAGGAAGAAAAACAAAAGAGGAAGAAAACAUAAAAAAGUGCAACAAAGAUAAACACAAAUAGGUUUAAUUAGAAAUUGAUUGCAUUUCAUUAUGAAAAACAGAAAAUCAACACAUUGUUCCAAACCUAUUUUUUAUCCUUUGAGUUUACAAUAACAUUAUAUAUGAAUGUAAAAUGGUUUUCAAGUGAAUUGACCGAGGUAAUAUUUUAAUAUUAAGACUUUCUCUGAAAUGUAUUGAUUAUCACCUUUAUUCAUUCAUUCAUCCGAGGAAAAAUAACAAUUAGUGUCUAGAACAUCCUCGUUGCCUCUCUCAUUGCUGCCUUUUAUAAUAUAUUUAAGUGUUUACAUCUGGAGUAUAAUUUUAUUUUGAUUGAGAACAGAGCACUUGAGGGGCAAAAACAAGACAGAACACUUGACCAACUGCCUUGUUAGCCCCUGUUAGCCCCUGUAGCCCCUGUAGCCAUUGGUUACCGAGGAUGAAGUCCCUCCUCCGCCGGGCUGUGCUCCGUCAGCGUUCGGUCAAAUUCCUCCGGACUUCCACUCUUAUCACUGGACUCUGUAAAGUGUCAGCUCAUGAAGUUCCACCUAAGAGUCUGUCAGAGGAGGUCGUACAGCUGAAUUUGACGUCUGAGUCCGCGGUUUCAUCAACAGUCUGAGCUCAUGCAUGAUGCACCGCAGCCAAUGACAAGCAGUCUUCCAGACCAGUGGACAGGGGAACUUCAACCUUCUUUAAACCCAUCACUAGACCUUUAUGAGUCAAUAAUUCCACGCAAGCGGGACCACUCUCAAAUACCACAACCUAACCUUAAAUUUGAUGUUGGUCUUUGCUUGUCAGCUAACAUUAGACUCUGUUAGGUUCAUUAACUGUGAAUCUUGAGAUAAGAAGCCAGUGUAGAAGAGGAGGCUCGGUGUUCUGCGGUUGAUUUGGUUUCAAUUGUACCAGUAUCUUUGUUAAGGAGGAGGGUUGCUAAGAGAGGACGGACUGUGGCAGUGGCCAGAGCCUCUGAUCUACAGCAGCCCGAGACUCUACUUUUGUGGGAUGUCUUUUCUCCACACCUCUGCCUCUGUGUGGCUCAUGUGAAGGACCAGGGACCAGUCUUGUAUUGACAAUCGCUCAGAGACCAUGGCAGCUUUUACUGCUCCUCAUGCUACACCACCAGCCCACACUACCGCCGGCGCCGUGGUCCAGACUACACAGCAGAGGCAAGAGGACGGCAAUAAAGAGGGGAAACGUGAGCAGGGGGACAUGAGACAGAACACUAUCCAGGAAAAAACCCACGAGUUCUUCCAGAUGUGCGACAUCAAGGACAAGGGCUACAUCACCCGACAGGACAUGCAGAGGCUGAAUGGUGAGCUGCCUCUCAGUCCAGAGGAACUGGAGAGGGUUUUUGAUACUCUUGAUUCAGACGCCAAUGGAUACCUUACCUUUGAAGAGUUCUCCUUAGGAUUUAGUUCAUUUGUAUCCGGGCAGACGUUUCCUGCAGUGUCCGAUAUGGGAGACAUUACAGCUGUUAAAAACCCACCAGAGGUUCUGUAUCAGACCCACUGGCAGGAAAGUCUGGACAGAGAAGAUGCUGAUGAAGACCAGAAGCAUUUCUGCAUGCUCAUGGAGCGCCUCGGAGCCAUCAGUGUGUUUGAAGAUCCAGCAGAAGUGCACAGCUUGUGGACCCAGCUGCGACGGGAUGAACCACAUCUUUUAUCCAACUUUGAGGACUUCUUAGCCAGAGUUACAUUUCAAAUUAAAGCGGUCAACCAGGAGAAGUGGGAGAUGGAGACUGUACUUCAAAGAAAAGCACUAACACAUGACAGUGAGAUCCAGCGUCUGUAUGAAGAAAUGGAGCAACAGAUAAAGAAUGAAAAAGACAAAAUAGCUUUACAGGACUAUAAGCGAUUCCUGUCCCAGAGUCAAGACCUAGAGCUUCAGCUGUGCAGCAAAGAGAAGGAGCUGGAACAACUCUUCCAGAAACAGAGAAUGCUGGAGCGUCAGUGUCACGACCUCCGCAGCGAGCAACAUGUAACAAAGGUGGAGAAUGUGAAACUGAAGCAGACGAACGAUGAGCUGACGAUGGAACUGGAGCAAAGCAGCCAAGAUCUGAUCCUAGCCCAGGAGCAACUGAGUCUGCUGCAGGAACAGUCCACACAACUGCAUGAAGAGAAGGAGAGGGAAAUAUACAGACUGACUGAAGGACUGCAGCGGGAAAGAGCAAGCCUCCUCAAACAACUGGACCUCUUGAGGGAAAUGAACAAACAUUUAAGAGAUGAAAGAGACAUGUGCUUCCAGAAUCCAAACGGUGUGAAGCAGAAGCCUUUCAUAAAUUUGGUGAAACAAAUGAACUCAAGUGUCUUUACAAGUGUGGACAAGGAGGAUGAGCAGAUCACCAGCUCUGGUAUGCACAACGGGUCGUGUCAGCUGUCCUGCCCUUCAGAGAGGAAGACACACCUCCGGAGGAUCAUCUCCAUCGAGGAGGACCACCUCCCACACUUACUCUACGGUCAAUGCCAAGUCCAAACGCCUCUACAGGAGUGCAGUGAAGGAGAGGAGACCUCCAGAUAUGAGGACACCGUAGACUUGGUGAUGAGUGACAUUGACUCCUCUGCACAAGGGAACAUGGAGGAAGGAGAAACUCAGUCUGUUGUCAAAGAGACCAGUGUAAAGGAGGAAAUUGGUGUCUAUCCUCCUGACCGACUCUUCAAAAUUAUUCUGGUCGGCAACUCAAGUGUGGGAAAGACUUCCCUCCUUCAACGGUUUUGUGAUGACUGCUUCCACUCCGGCACUUCUGCCACCGUAGGUAUAGACUACAGCGUAAGAACGAUACCAGUGGACAACAGCCUGGUGGCACUACAGAUGUGGGACACAGCGGGACAGGAAAGAUAUCGUAGCAUCACUAAACAAUUCUUUCGUAAAGCUGACGCUGUGGUUGUAAUGUAUGACAUCACAUCUGAGCAGAGUUUCUCAGCUGUUAGACAGUGGCUGACCAGUGUAAAGGAGAGUGCAGGUGAGGAUAUUCCCAUCAUGCUGGUGGGAAACAAAACAGACAAGGAAACUGAGAGAGAAGUUCAGAAAUCAGUUGGUGAACGACUGGCCAAGAAUUGGCAGUUGGCCUUCUUUGAGUGCAGUGCACGCUCUGGCCACAAUGUGGUCAAAUCCAUGGUACAUUUAGCCAGAAUUCUCAAGGAGCAAGAGGAUCGAGAGAAGGAAAAGACAGUGGAUCUGCUUAGCAACCCCUCAGAGAAAAAGAAGUCCUGCUGCUAACACUGACACAGUGGAGGUGACAAAGACACACACAGUGUUUUUACAUGACCACAAGUGUCUUUAUGUUGACACAGUCUGUUCUCCGGUCUUGUUCCAAAGUAAGUGAAAACCACAACAACAACAUACUGUACACACCGUCGUGUGUCUGGGCACUUUAACUUAGACCUGCGUUUAUAUAAAAGACUGUUGGCGGUUUAUUGUUAAAGUAAAGUUUUUAAAUCUCUUUUGCUGUUCAUUUAAAUGUGCAGUAAGUGAUUUGAAAAUAAGUGCCACUGAUCUUCACCAGCCAGACCAAGGAGAGGCGACUGCGCAAAAGUAUUUGUUCAAAAUUCACUUAAUUCUAAUUGAGUAAGGAGAGUAAAAGUAAAGUAAAUUUCAGUCAUACAUAAUAGAUGUAUAUGUGUCUGUAUGUGCAGUACAUAUAGGUAUAUGUAAAACACAUAUAUGUAUGGUGGCGCUUUGGCCCAGAGGCAAUGUCUCUGUCAUUGGUGUGGAACCCCAGGGUUCACCUCCUGGGCAAGUUCGAAUCCCGGUUAGGGCGGUUGGUACCUUCCAGUG